CGCCGUGGGGCGCAGAAUUUCAGUCGUCUGUUUCCUGCCGGCCGCAGGUCUCGCCCCGCGACCAUGGUGGAUGUCAUGGAGUUGCCCAGGUCGCGCGUCAACGCCAGCAUGCUAGCUCAGUUCAUCGACCGGCCGGUCUGCUUCGUAGGAAGGCUGGAAAAGAUUCAUCCCACUGGAAAAAUGUUUAUUCUUUCAGAUGGAGAAGGAAAAAAUGGAACUAUUGAGUUGAUGGAGCCCCUUGAUGAAGAAAUCUCUGGAAGAGUAACAGCCAAGGCAACCAUUAUGUGUGCAUCAUAUGUCCAGUUUAAAGAAGAUAACCAUCCUUUUGAUCUUGGACUUUACAAUGAAGCUGUGAAAAUUACUCAUGAGUUCCCUCAGUUUUUUCCUUUGUGGAUGGUGCAACAUGAUUGAUCUUGAUAAACACAUUGAAGACUGUUACAGGAAGCCCCUGAUAGUUGAGGGGAAGAUUUCUGUGAUUUUUAAUAUUUAAUUUGUUCUCUUUUUAAUUUCAUUUACCUAACCUUAUUAGAUAUUGCAGUAUCCCACUUUUGAUGGAACCUGUCUGUAUACUGCAAGUUAAUUCCUCAUAAAGAAUCACUUCUCCAGUGUACGGUCAGACCAGAUGUAAGAACAAAGCAGUUGCCUUGAGUUUAGUUUUGUGUUUUAUUAAUAAAAACUGAAACAGAAAAAAAAA